CUUUACUUCGAUAGUUAUCUAUAAACGCGUUUAAACCACGGUUUACCGUAAAAAUGUUUCCUUUUCAUUUUUGUAUAUUUGCAUUUGGAUUAUGUUUAAUUUUCUGUAAUAGUAUCUCAAACGUGUUUUGUGAUGGAAGUGUUUGUUCUGAAGCUCCUUAUCCAGCAGAGAUAUUUUCUUCAAUGGCCAAGAUGCAAGAACAUUUACGUGAAACGCGUGUCGCAAUGCGAAAAGUUCUCCCAGGUCUGAAAAGCAAAGUUCAAGAACAAAAGACUAGGCUGGAGACUAUAAAAGGUUAUGUAAAGCAUCUGUCUGAGUUAUCCGGAGAGGAGAUUCGCCAACCAAACUUCACGGUUCACCAUCCUCUGAAUGCUUACCGCUUCAUUCGGAACCACUCGAUCAUCCACAACGAGACGGCCACAAAACUCGUUUCUGAAAUAAAGUUAUAUGAAAAAGAAAAGGUCGAAAUUCUAAAGAUGUUGAACGAAUUGCCUAAACUUGCUGACACGGAUUAUGAGGGUGCCAUUCAUGGCAUUACAACUCUACAAUCAAUCUAUGACUUAAAGACAUCCGAUAUAGCAAAUGGAAAAAUCAGGAAUUAUACAUCAGGAAUAAUACUCACUGCAAUAGAGUGUUUGGACAUCGCCAUGUACUGUUUUCUGAACAAUAAGCCUUACCAAGGACACGCGUGGUUAACACAGGCUGCAGGCAAAUGUCUGGCAGAAGGGAACAUCACGACAACAGUGACCAGGAUAAACAUUGUAGCGGCAAAGGCGGCGUCUUUGGUCAAUCAACCCGAGGCAGCUGUCUUCUAUUAUAACGAGGUCGUCAAGAUUCGUGACAGUAGGUACCAUCGCCUCAAGCUUAAAGAGUACCUAACGGAAACAGAUGGGACAGCAAUCACUGACCUUCCGCAAGAUUACACGAAACCUGCAGUAAUGAACAGAGAACAACUUCUACAUAGUGAACUUUGCAAAGGACACCAAGUGAACCAUUUACUCACACUACCAAAGCCCUGGCGUCCUCUCGAAUGUCGACUAGAAACGAGGGACCACCCAUUACUUCUCCUUCAGCCAAUCAAAAUGGAGGAAAAGAGUCUAGACCCAUAUAUCGUCGUCGUCCAUGAUAUAAUAACCCCAAUUGAAAGCGAUCGAGUCAGCCGAACAGCGUCUCCUAGACUUCAGCGCUCGGCUGUUGGUAUUGGCAAGUCCAUCGUACAUAAAAUGCGGACAAGUCAACAUAUAUUUCUUGAUAGACAAGAAUACGUCAAGAACACAACGUUUAUCAAAAGAGUAGAAGCGUUUACGGGACUUAACAGCAGGUCAUAUGAACAGUAUCAAAUCGGAAACUAUGGAGUCGGUGGAGAAUAUUACUUACACCACGAUUACUUCCCCAAUACGAACGUGUCGAGCGAGGAUUCGUUUACAUCCGAUCAACGAAUAGCGACUUUCAUGGUUUAUUUGUCUGACGUACAAGCCGGGGGCGCCACCGUGUUUCCUAAUGCCGGGAUAAGCCUCUUUCCAAACAAGGGCAGCGCUGUUUUUUGGUACAACUUGUUCAACAACGGGACGGAACAUCCCGACACACUACACGCCGCGUGUCCGGUGUUGCUAGGCAGCAAGUGGGUGGGGAACCUGUGGAUCCGUCGUCACGGUCAAGAGUUCACAAAACCGUGUGACCUUGACCGUUACCAUAGCGACUGGAGUUAGAAGACUAGUUUGACUUGCUUGAUUAGUAACAAUUUGAAGACUAUACAUGUAUUAGAGGGGAAUCGUCGGCUUUUCAAAAGUGAUUAAAAUCUUAUAAAAACACUUUUAAUAGUUACCAAGGUGAUAAUUUAAGCUAUUAACUUAGUUGCAUAAAUAUACUUUUAAAAUAACCUCAAUUCGCCUGCAGCGUCAACCGAUUCCAUGUCCUCUUAGUCUGCAGUCGUACACAUUAUCAAAGUCACUCACCCAGUCAUAAUGUUUGGUA